AUGGUCUACUCAACCAAGCUCCGUUCCAUUGCCGCUUCCGGCCUUCUUGCCGGCACUGCCGCCGCUGCUGGUGGCUGCUCGGCUCCCGAUGGUGGCGUCCUCACCCUCGGCGUGGAUGACGUCUUCGACAUCUCCUCUUGCAAGACCUUCGAGGGCAGCAUUGCCAUCUCCGAGGAGACCUGGGGCUCCAUCAGCCUCGACGGUGUCGAGGAGAUCACCGGCUCGCUCAUUGUCGACUCGACCGAGACCCUCACUUACUUCAGCGCCGACUCGCUCAGCUCGAUCGGCAGCCUCGAGCUUUCCAACGCCCCUCUCUUCACCGGUUUCGAUCUCCCGGCCCUGAACAAGAUCGAGUCGCUCAGCCUGUCCUCGCUCCCCCUGCUGUGGGAGGUCGACUUCGGCAGCACCAUCGAGGAGUGCUCGACGGUCGAGAUCCGCGACACGUACCUGACCAGCAUCGAGCUCGAAGUGCUCGAGCCCGAGAAGAUCAUCAUCGAGGAGAACGACUUCCUCUGGUCCGUCUCGGUCGCGUCCACCUCGUGCGACGAGAUCUCCAUCGGCGGCAACACCAACGCCGUCGACAUCAGCUUCCCCUCGCUCGAGAGCGCCAAGCAGGUCUCCAUCUCCAACGCCACCGGCCUCUCCUUCCCCUCCCUGACCAGCAUCGAGGAGUCCAUCACCAUCACCGACUCCUGGCUCGAGACGUUCGACUUCUCCACCCUCGAGACCAUCGGCGGCUCGCUCGAGAUCAGCGGCGUCUGGGACCUCGACUCGCUCUCCCUCUCCUCCCUCAAGUCCGUCGGCGGCGACCUCAAGAUCAGCGACUGCGGCUUCUCCACCAUCGCCUUCGAAUCCCUCGAAUCCGUCGAGGGCGACCUCUCCUUCGACCUCUCCUCCCUCUCCGACUUCACCUUCGACUCGCUCACCUCCGUCGGCGGCUCGUGGGACAUCUCGGGCUCCCCCUCCGCCACCUUCUCCUGCUCCGACUUCUCCUCCAUCGUCGCCGGCGACGUCUCCUGCGACGAGGCCUCGGACGAGCCCUCGGCCCCCGCCUCCGCCUCCACCACCCCGCACCGCUCCACCCCCGUCGCCUCCCUCCCCACCGACCUCGCCUCCACCCCCUCCCUCACCGUCCCCUCGUCCGUCUUCGUCCCCGCCACCCCGGUCCCCACCACGCCCGCCGCGGUCCUGACGCCCGGCCCCAGCACCCCCGGCGCCGCCGGCAGCCCGCCCCGCCCCAGCAGCGUCAUCUCCAGCGAGGAGAUCCUCACCGAGACGCUGCGCAACGGCUCGACCGUCACGCUGACCAGCUGGACGCCCGUCGCCACCGUGCCCGUCGUCGCGACCACCCCGGGCGGCGGCGCCGCUGCCACGCCCAGCAACCCCACCGUGCCGUAUGAGGGCGCCGCUGCUGGUGUGAUGUCGCCCGUGGUUGGCGGCGUCGCGGGGUUGGUGUCGGCUGUUGUGCUGUUCUGUCUGCUGUGA